UGGUCUGCCAAAUGUGAUGGAUCUGCGGAGCAGGUCAUCACAGAUGCAGGGCGUCUCAAUCGCUUUCCUUAUACCUGUAUGGGUGUCCAUAGUUCUUCGUAUCUAUGUCAGAGUCUGUAUGGCGAAAGCUUUCGGCUGGGACGAUGGAAUAAUGAUAUUGGCUGCAGUAAGUCCCUUGCCCAAUGCCAUAUUUGACUCUGUAGACUUGACACUGAUUUCUUCGCAGAUGUCUUUCACCUCUUUCGCCGCAUUUUUGAUCGUCAUUGCUGAGUAUAGUCACAAUAAAACGGUCGUUGAAGCAUAUACGACAUCAGACUUCAUCGGCAUUUGGAACGUUCUCACGACGGCACUUGAGUACACCUUGAUUUACAACUUCCUCUACGUCCUUACCACAAUCUUGUUCAAGAUAUCUCUCGCCAUCUUCUUCCUUCGCAUCGUUGUCGCACGGUGGCAGCGCAGACUUGUUAUAAUUCCAACGGCAAUCUUCACGGCAUACAGCCUGGCCUACAUGUUCAUCACCACUUUUCGGUGUGGCUCACCCAGAGAAAUACUUCUCAACACUGCAAGAGGAAACUGCCUUCCGACCAGUAUAGUCUCGCCGCUGCUAUAUGUCUCGGGUAUCUCCAACGCUUUGAUGGAUGUGAUGUUCGCAUGUCUGCCUACGACUAUCCUCUGGCACAGUCAGAUGCCGAAAAAGACCAAGAUCUCGUGCUGCAUACUGUUGAGUAUGNGGGGUUUGAGCUGCGUUGCCUCUAUCAUUCGGAUCGGAUUUUUGAGCGGCGUGUCCGAUCAAGCUCAUUACUUUAACAACGCUAUCAACACGGGUCUAGUGUCCAUUGUCGAACCUGGAUUGGCCAUCACGGCGGCUUCUCUCGGAACGCUGAGACCCUUGUUCCAGAUCGUGGCGGAGAGAACAUCACUCCCCUCCUGGCAAAGCUCUGACAGCAAGCAUGCUGCC